UUUUGCUGUUUGUGCUUCUCAUGGAUAUAUUAUUUUCUCUCAAACAUUUACCCAUACUGCCUUCUGAUUCAUCCCAUACUUCAACUAACUGAAGGUGCAUAUAGCUUUUUUUUUUCUUCCAACUUGUGGUUUUCAGCCUGUCUUUGUGGGUUUUAUUGUAUAAAAAUUGCCAAUUUCAGGAACAGCUUCUUCACCUGCUUGAAAGUAAAAAUUGACAGGAUGGUGCCUUGGCUCUUGUUGGGGUCAGUUAUUUUCUCCCUGUUUAUUGGAAUUCUCGUCUACAUCACUAUUGAUGAAGCUAUCUGUAAAAACCUCAAUUUCACCUGCCAAGGAAGAAUUUUUAAAUCAACUAUCAGAAUAGAGGAACAUUUUUACCCUAUUAAUUUUCUCACUGGCUUUUUACAUGCUGCUUCAUUCAUGGCAGUCAUCUUUGCUGCUGUUUUCCUUCUCUUUUCCCUCUGGACACACAAACGCAAGAUGCAGAAAAACUCCAUGAAGGACCUCAGCAUGGAUGCCCACAUCAGAGCCAUGAAAUCUAUUCUUUCCUUCUUAGUGAUGUACAGCAUCAACUUUAUGUUUUUCAUCUUGACUCUAAUUUAUUCAACAGCACACGAAAAUCACAUUCGAUUUCUUGUUUACUUAUUUCAACAUGCUUAUCCUGGUGUUCACUCCCUUAUUCUGAUUUUCAGCAAUCCCAAGUUGGAAAAGGCACUGCUUAACAUUCUUCCCAGUGUGAUGUGCAAGGUUUGCAUGAAGUAG